AUGAACGAGUACAUUGACCACGGACACAUGGUUCAGGUAGCCAAAGACGACGUUACGACAAGUGGGUAUUACCUGCCGCACCACGGGGUAACGAAAACAACCAGCGAAACCACUAAACUGAGAGUGGUAUUCGACGGCUCCGCGGCCACGAGCACCGGAUUAUCGCUGAACGACACUCUUCACGUCGGACCAAAAAUUCAAGACGACCUGCUGUACAUUCUUCUUCGUUUCCGAAUACAUCGGUACGUUAUCACCGAGGAUAUCGAGAAGAUGUACAGGCAGUUCCUCGUCCGAGAAGACGACAGACGAUAUCAACGGGUCCUCUGGCGCGAUGCAUCGGGCGAAAUUAAAACGUUCGAAUUGCAGACGGUGACGUUCGGACUAUCGGCCGCCCCGUACCUGGCGAUUCGCUGUCUGACUCAAUUGGCCCAGGACGAAGGCCAUCGGUUUCCUCAAGCGGCAAAAAUCUUACAGCGAGACUUCUACGUAGACGAUGCGCUGACCGGAGCAUCAACGAUCAGAGAAGCUCGCGCCAUCCGAGAGGAGCUAACCCAGCUGCUAACUUUAGCGGGCCUAAAUAUACGGCAAUGGGCAGCCAAUCAGAAAACAAUUCUCGAGGGUCUACCGGAGCAAGACGUUAACAAGAAAUUACAUCUUGGAGAAUCAUCCACGCCGAAGACUCUGGGAAUUGUUUGGAAUUCCAAAAACGAUUCCAUUACGUAUGAAGUGCAGAUACGACCUGCCCCAUCACGCGUAACCAAGCGCAUCAUUACGUCGGAAAUUGCAAGAAUUUACGAUCCCCUUGGCCUCCUAGGACCCGUCAUCAGCGCCGCCAAGAUGCUGCUCCAAAAAAUCUGGACCAUCAAGGUGGACUGGGAUGAAUCUCUGCCCAUGGACAUCCACUCGGAAUGGAUCCAGUACUACAAGCAACUACCGAUGCUAAAUAACGUCGUGUUUCCCAGGAACACCAUUCCUCAUGCGUCGACGAUAACGGAGUUGCACGGGUUCUGCGAUGCCAGCGAGAGGGCUUACGGAGCGUGCGCGUACGUUCGCUCAACCGACAAACGCGGGCAAACACACGUGCAACUCUUGUUUGCAAAAUCAAAGGUCGCACCGCUCAAGACGCAGUCGAUUCCGAGACUCGAACUUUGUGGGGCUUUGCUACUCACGAACCUAAUAGCUACGGCCAAGAAAGCAUUGCACGUGGAGAUCGACCGUGUAGUUCUCUGA